ACCCGGAAGCUGCCUCUACACGUGGUCACAUGCGGAGCUGCUGCCAGUCGGACUGCUGGUUGCUUGAAGGCUGCUGGGGGCACCUGUUCCCUUGCUCCUGAGGCAGGAGGGAAAGGAGCUCUGUGGCCUGCAAGUGGUGGGGGAGAGGUUGCAUUGGCAGUGCAAGGAUCUCGCUAUUUAUCCCCCAGGACUGAGGUGUGUGCUUAGCAGCGUAGAGGUCUUGGGGGAAUCGUUUUUCCUCCAUCACAGCUGCAGCUAUGGGAGCAGAGCAGAGUGCAGAAGCUGAGAGCCGGCCACAUGAUCUGAGCUCUUCAGCAUCCCCUUCUCCAGCUAAGCACCGUGCUAAAAUGGAUGAUAUUGUUGUGGUGGCCCAGGGAACUCAGUCCUCACGAAAUGUCAGCAAUGAUCCUGAUGUCAUAAAAUUGCAGGAGAUACCAACUUUCCAGCCCCUUUUGAAAGUGCUGGAUUUUUUUUCAGGUCUGUGGCAGGAAGUGGAAUGUAAGAUACUGCAAUGUCUGACUAUUGAUAAGACCCAAAGAGUACUGGGGCUCCACUGCCAGAACAGUCGCAACCUAGAAGAUGAGAUUAAAAUGAGUUUUCCUUCUGUCCAUGUGGAAGUUCAAGAUCAUCUGUCUCAAAUAGGGAGGACUAAGAGUGUCCUAGCCUACAUUCCUUGUCACGGGCUUCUCAGUGGGCAGACCUCACCUACAAGUACCAAACUGGAGAAACUGGACUCUCAGCAAGUGCUACAGCUGUGCCUCCGGUACCAGGAUCACCUUCACCAGUGCGCAGAAGCUGUUGCUUUUGAUCAGAAUGCUUUAGUGAAACGAAUCAAAGAGAUGGAUGUUUCUGUGGAAACUCUGUACGGCUUCAUGCAGGAACGCCAGAAAAGGUAUGCCAAGUAUGCAGAGCAGAUUCAGAAGGUCAAUGAGAUGUCUGCCAUCCUCCGCCGCAUACAGAUGGGCAUCGACCAGACAGUCCCACUUAUGGAGAGGCUGAACAGCAUGCUGCCUGAGAAUGAGAGGCUGGAGCCCUUCAGCAUGAAACCGGAUCAGGAGCUUAAGUCCUAGUUGCCCCAGACUCCUCUUCCUCACCUUCUCAUUCUAGCAUCCAGAGUGAGGACAUGCUUCCAGUAAGUUUGAUUGGCAGCCUUUUGGAACAGACAGCACUGCUGCCUGACUCUUUGCCAGGGCUUUGAGAAGAGACCUGCGACAUUGGCAGAACUGAACUGAAACAGUGUGGCCAGCAAUAAAGGAGCUGCCUACUCUGGUUGUUCCGAGAAGAAAAAUAAACUUUCUUCAUCAGAGCCUCCAGCAACACCACUCAUAUUGAAACAUUUACUUUGUUCCUGUUACUAGACUUGGUCUCAGGGAGGAGCAAUCCUUUCAUCUGUUCUUUUAUUAGAAAAAUUCAAAGGGAUACUGGAUGCAAUAAACCUAAUUUACUUUCUAUGCCGCUGGGGAUUUAGACACGUAGAUUUCUGGUAGAUAUUUAUGAGAUCCCUUGGCUUUGGUAAUAUGUUAUAGGUGAAAAUGUGGAGCUAGGAACUAGCUUGUUACCCCUGCCUAUGAUCGUAAUUAACAUAGCUUGUGUGGCAGGGAAGGGCUUUACCAUCUCCUUCCUCAAGGCAUCUGUUUUUACAGGCUCACUAAUUUAUGAGGCUGUAAAUGAAUAACUUCCAGCAAAUAACUUCUGUGGUGGCGGUGUAAUACAGGCUCAACAUGCCCAUGUUGUGACAGGGAUCUGGGACAAUUGCUCUAGCCCACAAUGAGCCUGUCUGAACCUUAGCAAACUUCUAAUUGACUGUGAAGAGAUGGCAGGCUGGUCAAGUAGUUUUGCUGAUCAGAGAAUAUAGCUCUUUCAGUAUCUUAAGAAAGGGAGAUUGAGGUGUCUGUAGAGCUUGGUGCAUUGGCUCAGCUGCCAUCAUUCAACGAACAGUCAUGAAUGCAGUGUUUUAUGACUAAAACCACACAGUCCUUUGGGAUUGUGCUCAGUUAAAUGUUCCAAAUGCACCAGGACAUUCUUACUUUUAUUCCAAACACAGGGCAGCUCUGGCAGGACGGCCACUUGUGAGAGCACUAGACAAAGUUUCAGGGGACUUGGGUUCUAUCCUCUGCUCUGCCCCAGGCCGCUUGGGUGAGCUUUGGCAGGUCAUCUCAGCCACUAGAGUCAUGACAUCUCCAUCUGUAAAACUGUGCUAAUGCUUCUUGACUCACCUUUGCUGCAAAAUGCUUUGAGGUUAGUAGAUGAAUCUGUAGGACCUAAACCCGAGUUUACCCACAGCAAGGAGUCCUGAGGCAGCAUCUGACUCCUGCUGGGAGGCUUUUGAAUGCUACUAAUUCAAAGAACAGCUUGAUUUGAGAUGGCCUGUGGUAGCUAUCUUCCAUGUAUGGAACAAGGUUAGAUAAUUUACCCAGGGCGUGUCUACAUGUGUAUCGGAUUGUGUAGUUGUUACUGCGUAGUCAUUUAGUACCUGCUUAAGUACUAGCAUUAUUGCACAGUCCUGAUGCCCACAUUUUUUUUCUCAAGCUACUGCACAGUAGCCUCAGCAUCAUGGUUCGUGCAUGCCAAUGCCACCUCACCACAGCAAUGAGCUACGACGACAUAGCUCAUCGCUACAGUGACACAGCUUCUUGUGUAGAUGUGCCCCCAGAGAACGUAGAAUACCUCCUCUGGGUCUACCUGAGCAGUAAAUAGCAGAGCAGCCUUCUGGUAAUGCUGUUUGUUCACUGAACAGCACAUAGUGUCCAGCUUCUGUUGUUUCCUUGCUCAAGGCCAUGUGCUCAGGAACUAGCAUCCAUAUUGUAGGCCAUAGCCUGCUUUGAUUUCUCUUUGCAAACAUGGUAGCGGUUGCUUUGCCAGGACCCUCUAAGCACUGGCUAGAAAAGGAGUUCUUUGGAAAUGAGGAUUUUUGUAGCAGCUCUGUCUGAGGAACAACAAGAGUUUGCCAAACUUGAAGUAACUGAAGUAACCUGAACACAUCAGGUAAAGGGAGUACCAGGGGGCCUAAUUCUCCAUGUACCCUAUUUACAUACAAGUCAAAUGGGUGCAAACUUCAGUUCUUCCCUUGCCUUACCCACACAUUGGGUUUUACAUUUUUACACCUGCUUUGUGCAAGUGUUAAUGGCUAGUGGUGUUUCAAGGCAAUGGCCUCACGGUCUUGAGCUGUUUCCUAGAUUUAGGAAACUUAAAAGCCAGAAAUAUUUUACACCAUCUCUGUGGUGGUGGUAUCCAUGCUAACUUGUAAAGCACUGUGACAAGAUCUGUUAGCAUGAACCUUGGGCAUCAUUUCCUGCUCUCUGUGAUCUAAUCCUGUUAUCAGAUGUUUCACCCCAUGUGCAGCUUCAGGUAGCAGCCAUGUUUUCUGAAAUCAGCCUGACCUUCAGAUGUUUCCUCCUUUGCCAGUAGAUACUGGUCUGAGGCCUAGGCUGGUUGUCAGCCAGUGAAAAGAUGAGUAAUAGGUAUCCCACAACUCUGUAGAGCUAAGAACUGGAGGCUUAUGCCACGGGCAUGGUCUUGAGAGGUGGGAGCCUAAACUGAGUUAGAUCACUAUUAGAAGAUAAUAUAGUAAACUUUCUCCCAUUGAGUUCCAGGCAGUUGGACUCAUGGUAUUAAGAUACUAUUAUAUUGAAGGAGCAAUGUAUCCUAUAGCUCUGCAGUUAAUUCUGUCACUAAACAAGUGCAUAUACACUCACUAUUUCCUAUCUUAGUGCUUUGCAAACCUGACUUUACAGCAGAGUUUAGGUGGUAGCUUGAAUAUUACCCCCAUUUUUACCAUUGUGGGAACUAAGGAAGUAAUCCAGCUUUGCCACAGUGAGCAGCUUCCUAAUUUGUGAGUGGUUGCCAUGAAACAUCUAGCCACAAGGCUGGUAAUGAAAAAAUAUUUAUGGGUAGGGAUCCCAUCUUGUGGAUCCCUGGGUGCUGCUGAGUAGCCUGUGAGUGCUAUCUAAAUAGUAAGGAAACACAGGAAAGAGGGGCUCAGCAUUGGGUAUGAAAGUAAAGUAUUAAACACUACUAGUUUAACUGGAAGGAAAUUACAUAGUUGGGUCCCAGUGACAAACUUUUUCAAAGGCUUUUACAUAAAUAUUUGUCACAAGUCAACAGGUGACAAGAAUCAUCUCUGCUUAAUAUUAGUUCUGUAAACUGUCAGGUAACAUCUCUCUGUUCUAUAAAUAAUGAGUCAAUCACUAGUCUCCAUCACUAAUGCUUAUUACCCAGAAGUCUUUAGACCAUUUGCCAAGGGAUGGGCAGUUAUCAUCUUCCACAAGUUGCCUGGUGGCACUUUUUCUUUACUUGCUGCCCUUUCCAGUCUAUUCCACAACCUGCUUCUCCAAGUCAUCUCAAAUGCCUGCAGUGCCUGAUGGGACAGGCAUGCUGUUCUCUCCUUUGUCGUUUCAGACAAGAGUUGGCUUGUAAUUCAACUUACUUCCUGUUAAUGCUUUUCUAAACCCACCAGACCUCUCUCUACUUUGUGGUGCUCUUUUAUGUCAUGAAAACCCCCUGGCCAGCACCAGUGAAAAAGAUGCAGCCCUAUGGCCCUGACAUUGGCUGCACUCAGAGGUGAGCGACAAAAGGAAAAAUAAAUAGGUUUGCCCUUCUUCACUGCUUUCUGUCGUAAAAGGGGCAGAGCACUGAAACCUGGGUGCAUUGUUUAUAACAUUAAAACUUAAUUGGCCCAAACUCAUUAGAUGCUUUGGAGAACAGUUCUUACUAUAAGAUUUAGCUCCAUGCUCCAGGGAUGCUAAGAACUAAGUCUCUAUUUCUACAACAAAAACUGCAUGGAUUAUCCUAAUGAUAGCAGAGGUAAAAAAGGUGUUUUUUCUUUUCUUUUAAAGUAAUGAUGGUGGGGUGGGGUCAUUUUACAGCAAAAAGGCACAAACACCUUUACUGUCCCCUUUUGGCAGCAAGAACCUACUUCUCUCCUUCGUCAGAGGGGUCAAGGUGAUUGGGCCUUUUGAAACCAUCAUAAUCUUUCACUCUUUUCCUGUGUUGACUCAAGCCUGCUUUAAUGAAAACUGUAUGCUUGUACGACUUAGUUCAGGGCUAUACUUUCUGCUUUAUUGCUGCACUGAUAAUGGCCUGUGUUAUAGCUAUCAAUACUGCUCCUUGGGGUGGGGUUUUUCCAUGAGUUGGUCUUGCUUUCCACAGUCCAGCUAGAUGCCCAAAGCUGUUAUCUUCUCCUUCUCCCUGGUCCCCCUGCCCCCAUUUUAAAUGGCUUCUAAAGUCAUGAGCAGAGGGUUGAACUAGAUGACCUCCUGAGGUCCCUUCCAGCCCCACUUUUCUAUGAUUCUAUAACUUGGCUUUCUUCUUGCACCCAGUGGUGCUGCUUUUCUCUUUCAUUCCUCUUCUCCUUCCUCAGCAAGUCCUCUCACAUAAGAUGUGUGUGUCAAUUAGUCUGGCCCUGCCUCAGAAACAUGUCAACAAGCAUUCUCAAGGAAUGAAGUCAGUGGUCUCCUUCUAGGAGUCUUUCCUGAUUCCAGUGGAGUCCUGUUUGAAUGAGCGAUAUGAUACCUGUGUUAAGCAGUGAGAGUUUGGUUCAGUUCUUUAACGUCUUGGAGCGUGGUGGGGGAAGGAGAGAAGAGGCUUGUCUGACUUUCAGCUGCAGUCCAUGUCCCAGCUUUUUCCAGUGUGAUAAUUACAAUGAGAAUAUUGAACUGCUUUGAACGUAGUGAAAAGAGCUGAGAGUAGUUGGAGAGGCACUAGCUGCUGGUGCAAGAACAGCCUGGUACUUCUUCAUGUGUCCUAUUCCAUCCCUCUAUGGUUCCUUCUCCUCCUCCUCAGUCUGCUUGAGAGCUGUGUGCUUAGUAGUUCUGCCCCUGCUCUUCUCAGCUUUAUGUAAAGAGUUUCGGUGCUGAGUUCACAGCAGUGGGUUUCAGUUAGGGCUUGGGAUUGCUGCUGAUGAGCUUGAAGUCUUGAAUGAGCAGCACUUUCUGUCAUAAGCCUCUCCCCUUGUUAGCCUGUGUUCAGGGACACAGCCAGUGACAGCCACUAACUAUCUUGUUCCUAUUUUCUCCUUAAACUGGAUGGGCCAUUGUUGCUUCUAAAUGUGAGGAAGAACAACCUUCCCAUUGUUAACUGAGGUCUUCAGGGUCCUAAAUAAGCAUCAUUAGGUUCCCUGCUCUAACACAGACUUCUUCUAGCUUGGGCCUAAGUCUUAAUUUUCAGUUGCCUGCCUCUUUCCCAUCUAUAAAAUGAGGCUAAUAGCAUUGCCCAACUUCACAGAGGUGUGUAAGGCUAAUUAAAGACACAGUCUUGAGCACUACUUGGGGAUUUUUCUCAGAGCUGUCCAAAGCUGGGGUAGCUUACAUAUUUAAUGGGAGGGUGGAAGGGGUACUGCCUAUCCUCCAGUUCAUUGUGAAUAGUUGUUUACUCCUGGUGAAAAGCAGCUUCCUUCAGUGAAAAGCAGCAGGAAGAUGCUCUCCCUCUGGGCUGGUGUCUAAGGUCAUUCUCAAGUCUCCAUAACCCAGGAGAUGACCUUGGCUUGAAAUAGUUACUGUGUUUGUCACUGUUUUUGUUUUCAGUAAUAAAGAAGAAUGUAUGAUUCACACUGGAAUCUCCUUUUAGGCUGACUGUUUUUGGGGGGGGGGGGAAAUACCCUUGGUUUUAGAAGGUACUUGAUUGUGUUAUGUAUCUUAUGAUUAUUUAAAAAGUAACAGUCUCAUUCUGCAAGCUAGCUUGAGUUGAGCUGUGAAUAUUAUAUUAUCUAAAGGCCCUAUGCACUAAAUCACUGAAGGAUAGGAAAGGGUUGUAGGUUACAGAAAGUUUCAGCAGUCAAAUGUAUUUCAAGAAAAGCUGGGUUUUGGAAUCAGCUUUUCAGCAGAUAUACCCAUUUCUCCAGGAACCAAUAUCAGCUUCUGCUGAAAAGCAAGAAGUGUGAUAUUGCCAUUUGGUUCACAAAACACAGCUUUAAAACACAUCAUCACUGUAAUAGCCUUCUCUUGGUAAUAAUAAAAAAUUAUCAAUAAGUGAGUUUAGAGGCAACAGUUUCACCAUUAACCUGCUGGACUCAAACAGAGGAGGAAACCCUUUGUACCAUCCCUAUAUCCUACUGCCAUGCAUGUGUAUGGUUUCCAUUUCACUAAGGCCCUCUGCGUAGUGGAAGGGAGGGUUUGCCUCUGAAAGGCAUUUGGGGUAAGAUAAAUGAGUAAGGACAAAGGAUAAUGCUCUGGGAGCAUACUCAUACCUGGAACUGUGAGCAGCAGCCUCUAUCCAAACCAUCUCCCAUGCUGCAGCAGAUCUUCCUAUUCAAGAGGAAAACAGCUCUGGCCUAGUGCUGUUUCACAUUAUUCACAAGCCUGGAAGCGAGCAUCAAGGGGCUGAAAUGCAUCCUAAACCAUGUACCCAGUCACCCAAAGAGGGAAGGCAGUCCUAUGUGGUCAUACAGAACCCCGGUGAUAGCCAUAGGAGCUUCUCCAUAGGACAUCACAAUGUCAAGAUUGACUCAUAUAGAAUCAACUGCAAAUUUGGGGCCUUAGUUUGAUCUGCUUCCCCUGUCACCAUCCAAGCAGAAAACUUAGUCAAAAGAUCUGUUACCUAACUACCAGAGUUUACUUUUGAUGGGUGCAUACAAUGCUAUUACAACUCUACCAUCCUGGAUCCCAAGUAGGAACUGGAAUCAUGCCUACCAAAAUGACUAAUUGCCAGCACUUCCCUCUAACAGGACAGCUUCCAGUCUUCCAGCCUGUUUCGCAGCAGUUGAUAAUAGUAUAGUUACAUUCCAGCUGACCCAAAAACAAAGCAAAGAAACCCAGCACUUUAUUGGAAGGAGUGGAACUGCACAAUGCUCAAAAUAGCCCCCACUUUCUCUUUUAUUUAUAAUAGUUGUCCUUAAAAUCCAGACAGCGCAAAAUAAUUAAGACUCGGCUGAAGUAACUUUCGCGUACUUUGCAGUGAUGAUUUCAUCUGGAGUACGCAGAAGGUACUGCUUGGUUUAAUUUCAGACAUGGAACAGAGUUUUGUAGUGUGGAACUAAGCCGAUUCUAAUGAAUCCUAAAGUUUGCAUUUUUAUGAGAAGUUUGGUGGUAUUAUAUACAACAGCAUUAUAACAAUGGAUGUUUUACCUCAGGGGGCUAUUAAAAAUUUUAACAUAGAUGCUAGUUUGGGCAGGGAUUUAAGGAAAUAAGAUGUAUUUUGUGAGUACAGAAAGCUGUUGAACUUAAUGUCAGAUAAGUUAGUUUUUGCUAAGCUUUAAACAGCUUGAUAUACAGCAUAGUGGAUUUCAUGCAAGAUCACCUUGGGUAGAGCUUUCAUAAAUGUUCAGCAUGGGGUCAGUCUGUACCUACUGAAGAGGAUUAAAGUAAAAACCAAGGAGCGAAUGCUUUGGAAAGUGCCAGCCAUGGUUAGAGACAGUCAAAUCGAACAGGCACUAGCUAUCAAAUGAUGUCCUAUAGUCACUGCAUUCAUAAUUAACAGUAGAGACAAAUCACCACUUUUACUUAUU